CGACGAAUAAGAUGCUCGGCCAUUUGGAUAAGCUAUCUGAUGCGCCAUUGAUCGCGCUCAAGAUUAGACGCAUCAGAGAAUUGCAUAAUGGUAAGUUUUUGUAAAUAUUAUUUAUUGUUUUGCAAUUAGAUAAUGUAAGUUUAUAUGGCGCGAUAUACAGUUUAAUAUAGUCUACGAAGAAAUCGUGGUAAUAUCGAAAUAUGUUUAAUUUCUCUUAUGCAGAUAUUUGUGAUUUAGUUAUUAUGAUAAAUGAUAUUCACGGCCUUUAUCUUCUUCUCUUCUCGCUAAACUGCUUCUUUAUGGUCACGACUUUACUAUACAUGGCGUUCAUAUAUAUCGAAAACGAAGACUAUGAGACUAUAUUAAUAGUUUACACGGUUGCGAUUAUGUAUACUACGCAAUUUGGUCUGAUUUGCUGGAUUUGCACACUCGCACGUCAAGAAUUCGAGAAAACCAAGAUAAUUAUGUGCGCAAUUGCAUUGAAGUGCCAAUCUAUGAAAUUUGAUAAACUGAACAAUACAAGGAAUCAAUUGAAUUUAAAAGUCCGACCGCUAAUGGAAGAUACAGACAGCAACCAAAAUUUUAAUCGGAGUAACAGUCACAAUUGGAAUUACGAUGGCGUGAGAAAGCUUUUGCGUACAAUUAUAGACCAAGAUCAUGUCAAUAACGAAAUUAAUGGCUUUUUGAUUCAACUGCAACAUCGUCAAGUAUCAUUUACGGCCUGCGAUUUUUUCGAAAUAAGCAACAAUUUGUUCUGUAGUCGUUUCGCCUCCAGAAGAACUGCAUGAUCGGAAACUGCUUCCCACAUGGAGAAGCUUCCAUGGUUGAGUUUGGUGGGUGAGGAAAAUAAAAGAUGCGUUUUUGACCGAAAAGGAUUAACCUUUAUUGGCUCUAGGGGAAAAGGCAUAUCAAGGCAUAUAAUUUAAGAAUAAAAAUGUACUUGCAGCUAAGAUUUAUUUGUUUGUGUGUGCAAUUCCCACUCGAACGCUUGUUUAAACAAUUUUCUUGUUGUUGGAUUCAAGAUGAAAUGUAUUGCGGAUUGACAGCAUGGGCAUAAUAUCUCUAUGAGAUAAGACGACUGGAGAAGGAUCUCAAACGUCGUGGAUAGUUUGACGUAUCCGCGCGUUGCGAUGAAAGUCACCUAACGACAGCUGUUGCUUUUUGUAAUUACUUUUUUGUGAUACCUUGAGUUGAUACAGGACAACGCCUAGAAAUCGCCGCCUGGAGUUGCGUUUACGUAUAUAUGCACAUUAAUUUUGUUUGUACGUAUGCGUACGCGCAUGUCAUGCACUACUUCUGCUCACUCUAUUGUACAACUGCUAUAUGCAGUAUCAAGCAAAAUCCAAAGCGUGCGCUUGUCAAGGUGUGCGGAAAAAUUUUACUAUCUUGUCUACAGAAAAAUUUUGUACCGUUUUCGUAGGAGUUUCAAUGUAAUCAGCGCUCGUUUGCAAAACGUCAAUUAAGAAAGUAAUAGACAAAAAUGAAUGAGAUUCAUGUACCAGUACGGGACAAUUCGCCGUCAAUAGAGCACACCUUGCGUCCAAUAUCUUACACGUCAUGGUUCAUGGGCGUGGGGAUUGCACAUCCGCGAAAGUGUUCCAAGUUUGUGACGAUAGUUAUACGUAUUAUUCACCUGGUCGUGUGUACAGUGUUUCUAAAAAUAUACAUCGAGCACAUGUUCCCUUUAUCCCUAGAUACAGUAAUAAAAUUCUUCUUCAUCAUAGAUAGGAUGAUAUUUUUCGUAGCGAUAUAUUAUUACAUUUAUCACGGAAUCAGGCAGUAUGACAAGUGGCCUGAGCUGAUGGACAAAAUGAAGGAGCUUGAUCGAAAGAUCAAGAAAGAAAUACAUAUGAAUGAUCAACCAGUAAAAAUCAUGGAAGCAGUAGCGAUUCUAAUGACUUUUGUGUGUUGCCCUUCGUUCCCGAUUGUAAUCUCUCUAUACUACUUUUUGAAUUCAUAUAACAGUAGUGUGAUCAAUUAUUUGUUACAUUAUCUCAUGAUAGCACAGUCGUUGAUCAACAGCUUCUGCUUCGAUGUGGUUGUUUAUGUGCUGUAUUACAGACAUCAAACGGUAAAUCAGAUGUUCGGUCAUUUGAAUAAGUUAUCAGAUGCUCCAUCGAUUGCGUUUAAGAUUAGACGCAUCAGAGAAUUGCAUAAUGAUAUUUGUGAUCUAGUUAUUAUGAUAAACGAUAUUCACGGUCUUCAUCUUCUUCUCUGCUCGACGAAUUCUUUAUUUAUGGUCACGUCUACACUAUACAGUGCAUACUUAAAUACCAUGAAGGAAGAAUAUGACGAUAUGUUGAUAGAUUACAUGACGGCGAUUAUAUAUACUAUGCAAUUUGGUCUGAUUUGCUGGAUCUGCACACUUGCAUGUCAAGAAUUCGGCAAAAUCAAGAUAAUUAUGAACACAAUUGCAUUGAAAUGCAAAUCUAUGAAUUUUGAUAAACUGAACGAGACAAGGAAUCAAUCGAGUUUAGAAACGCGGUCGCCAUUGCAAGAUUCGGACAGUGAGCAAAAUUCUAAUUGGAGUAACAGUCACGAUUGGAAUUAUGUUGUCAUGGAAAAUCUUUUGAGUAAAAUUUUGGACCGGGACUAUGUAAGUGAUGAAAUUAAUUGGUUUUUGAUUCAACUGCAACAGCGUCGAGUAUCAUUUACGGCCUGCGAUUUUUUCGAAAUGAGCAACAAUUUGUUCUGCAGUGUGAGUACAAUAUUUACGUCGUACAAUUUAUGUAAAAUUAAUUACUUUCAAAUUGCAUUAAAUAUGUUUCAAAGUCAUUAAAUACAAAACUUAUUUUUCAGUUCGUCGGAGUGAUCUG